AUGCAACAGCAGAGCCGGCAGAGGCAGAGAUUGAGGCCAUGGCUGGAGGAGCAGAUUCAGUCUGGGAGGUAUCCUGGAGUCUGCUGGCUAGACCAGGUAGACCCUCUUCACAUUUUCAAUACCACAGAGGCAUGACCAUACACCUAAGCGACAAUGUAACAUGUUCUAUUAAUUUCAUCCCGCAGUCUGCACAGAUCUUUCAGAUCCCGUGGAAACAUGCGGCUCGCCAUGGCUGGAGUAUUGACCGAGAUGCCACCCUUUUCAGGAGCUGGGCCAUGCACACAGGUAGGAGCUUGGAGGGAUGGAUAAGUGAUUGAUUUUUAGCAUGAACAGUCCUCAAACAUAUGAAGGUUUGCUUUAUAGAGAGAGGGCAGAUAAAGCAACUUCUAAAUGAAUAGACUGUGAGGAUGAAGAGCUCUCUAUAACAAUAUUGACAUUUAUUUAAACCUUAUUGAAUGUGUUAUUUUUGAAGGAGGCUUAAAUGUCGGAGGUUUUGUGUUGCCACACUACAGUUGUAGUGUUUGAUGUUUUGUAACUGUAUUUACUGUUUCCUGAUAAGUAGAUGUAUUUCCAGUUUAAAGCAGCCAUGUGUCUGUCUUUCAGUCCAUGCUUUUCUUGAUCUGCCACAUUCCCACUGCAGAGCAGGGAUCCGCAUUGCCCAGCAACCUCUAAUAACAACAGGAAACACCAAAUAUGCGCUGUAUAAAUGCGCUGUUGAGACACUUUAAGGAUUUCAAUCUUGUUCAUGAACUCCACAUAAUGACAACUUAAGGCACAAAUGAAUUCACACAAAUAAAGAAUAAAUAAAGAUAGUUCUUUGGUUCAUGUUCAAAUGCAGAUUAAAAUGCAGUUUUUACCAUUUUGUUUUUUCAAAUCUGGUGUUUAGAUGUUCUUACAUUUUGUUCAGAGUUAAAUGAGCUUGUAAACGAAUACACACUCACAUUUAUAAUGACAUCACAUCACUAGAGUCUUGGGAAAGUCAUGCUCAGUGACUGUGGCUGCCUCACAUCAUGGGAAAUCAUCAGUUCUCUUGAGGUGAUUGUUCAAGGGGAUCAUAUUCCUCUCAAAGUACAGCAGGGCAGCUCUUAGCCGGAUCAUGAGAAAUCUUAUUCAGCUGUUAAACAUGUAAAAACUAGACCGAGAUUAACCUUUUUAUCAUAAAAAUUAACCUUAUUAUACAAAAACAAAAAGAUAUGCUGACAAAAAGUACCCGACAUAUGCAAAUUAUCUGUUAAUAACAUUCUAUGACACAAUACUGUGAGAGCCUUUCAAGUCAUUAAUAACUGUCAGAAAUUGCAGCAUGUGUAUAAAAUAACUUGGGAUGCGACCUGUGCUCCAUUUCUGCUUGUUUGGCUUUGUCGGCUGUAAAUGAUCUUUUUCAGCUCCAGUGGUUUUAGGGCUGAGGCUGCAAUCAGAAUCAGAGGACUGGCUGAGAUCCAAAUUACACUGUGGUGCUGAAUAUGAUGCACUCACUUACCGACUAUUUAAUUGAGAUUCUCUCUCUUGUUAUUAUUUGAUCAUAUCAUUGGGCCUAAUCGUCAAUCAAUGGUCAUGUCAAUGGUGUUUGUCAUGUGACCUAAUCAUAAAAUAGUUUGAGAUGCAACUCUAGAUGUAGCUACAUAACCAUUGGGCAAAAUGAGAAAACUUCUUUACCCCAAAUGUAAAAAAGAUGCUGCAUUAAUAUUUAGGGAUAUUUAUCAGUUUAUACCUCCACCUUCAAAUUUGAAGUAACAAUUUUGGAUCAUUAGGAUUCAUUUGGAUCACCUUAAUGGCCUGUUAUCGUGGCAGAAGAGUACAAUACUGGGGUGACCUUGAUGCAGUUUUAUUAACUGGGCAGCCCUACUCUGCGGUGAGAGAAAAAUGGACUGUCAGCUUGUGAUAGAGGGCAGCAACUCUGCCUCACGCUUCUGUGAGAUUAAAAGCGGGAUAUAAUGGGUAGAUUUACACUUUAGAACAGCCUGCCAGAGUCAGUCUCUCAUUUCGUUUCAAUACUCAAGACACAACUCUUAUGGUAUUAUUUUUUAUCUGAAUGUUUAAUCUCUAAUUUAAUUAGUCUGUUAUUUUGUUGUCUUUUUUUUGUUGUUAUAUUGCAUUCUGCUUUUAUAGUGUUCGGUUUUAUUGCCUAAUAAAGUGUAUUAUGGUCUCUGCUGAUAAAGCACAUUAAACACCAAAGACUGAUAAAGGCUAUUUAAACUUCAAAGAUAAAGAGAUGCCAUUAAAAUUCAAGCAGAUGUAAUGAUUUCAGAUGGAAAAAAAGGAACUUUGGAUCUUUAGUUAGCUUCACUCAGGUAGUACAAAAAAUUUGAUCUACAGUUUUUUAAUGUAAGUCUUUUUUCUCCCUCAAUAGCGACAUAAAGGUAGUGAAAGUUAAAUCAGCAUCACCCAAAACUCACAGUUUUCCGGGUGAUGCUGAUUUAACUCUCACCACCAGCCACAGCAACUCACACAUGCGAACUAGGACAGAAUUUUGUGCAAAUGGGCUGCAUAUUUUCUUAGUUAUUUUUGUACAUCAAAGUACCACAAAGUGAACAAAGUAUUGCUGCUCAGAAAACUGCAAAUUAGGAAAAACAAACCAACAAACCUUAACACGAAUACAAGCACAAACCCCCAUAUCUUUUCACACAUUUGCUCACCACAGGACGGUAUCGCCCUGGCAAAGAUAAGCCGGAUCCAAAGACAUGGAAAGCCAAUUUCCGCUGUGCUUUGAAUUCCUUGCCUGACAUCUGUGAGCUGCAGGAGCACAGCAGGAAGAGAGGCAGCAAUGCCUUCAGAGUGUACAGGAUGCUGCCCAGCACACACACACACAGACGCAGGAGAGGUAAACAGCAAGUGGUAAACACACUCUGGUAGACUAUCAGACAGACUCUAUCUUACACCUCUGUCUACACCCCUUUCAUAGGUCUGCCGUUGUUCAGCAGACAACCAGACAGAAAAGCAUGUAUGGGUGAUGAUAUACACGGCACACACACUUGGCAGCCCAUAACAGCCAAAUCUGUCCCAGAGACGCCACAGAAGGUGGAGCCCCCCGCUGAGGACACUUUUGCCAGCACCCAAACACAGGGUGAGACUCUUGUUGUUGAUGCACUUUUUUGUUGUAAUGGCUGUUAUAUUUGAGGCAUCCUGUUGAGGCUGAGGAUGACAUUACUGUUUUUUGCAGGGGUGUGGGAAACCAAAACAGAAGACCAGGAACAAAACGAGGCAGUAUUCAAGGUGCCAAACUUUCACUUUUACAAAUGAAUACCUGAUUCAGUACAACGGAUUCUGGGUUCCUACCCCUGCACUGCUGAUUUGGUCCUUCCAAGGAAAUUCUCUGAUCUGAAGAGAAUGACUGAUCCCCUGAAAAGGCUUCCCAAUUUGUCUGAACUAUCUUUAAAUCAGUUGUGUUUUUUUCAAGUUGCAGUUUGGGUUUUGAGUCUAUCUGACUUUUGCUCCUGUAGUUGAUGGACCAUUUAAGCAGCGCUGACCUCUGGAACCAGACAGGAGAGCAGAAGGGAUGGAGAGCACACACACUAUGGGACCACUGGUCAGGUACAACAACAUGAAUACUCUGCAAUAAACGUUGACUGUGUAUAAAGAUCGACAACAUGUCUCUGCCUUCAUCAGUUGUCCAAAAGUGAAGCCAAAAUACCCCCUGUGACAGGCGCUAUGAGGCCAGACUUUAUGCCGUAUGGAUCCAUGCCAUGAUGUUGAUAUCCCACCCAUUUCCACUAACCACCUCCAAGCUAGUCCACAGUAUGAUUUCAAUGCUCCUUAUAUGACCAGUUUCCAGUCCCCCUACAUUCUCUCCUUGUUUGUGCACAGUAAACCACGGCAGCUGAACAUGAGAGCAUUAUGUUUAAGUUGAAGCUGAUGAAUGUUGUGCAACAGUUGGUCAUGCUGCAAUCAUUGCGAAGAAGAAAGACGGGAGAUGUUUGAAGAGACAGACUGUUCUACUGCUGAGGAAGAGGGCAGGGGAUGAUAGUCGGUGAUAAUAACUGACUUUUAAUACAGAGACCAUGUUUGAGCGGAAAAAAGGGGUUUUUAGAUUUAGAUUUUAAGUUGAGGUUUUGGCUUCACUUUUGAACAGGUGUCAUGUUGUCUAUCUGUUUGCAUCUAGUGUGUGUGUGUUCAAGAAUAGUUAUAUGAAACACAUUGCAUUAAAGCACGUUUAUCGUACUGCUUUAUCAACCACCUUAAACAUGUUCAUGUUAGUGAAUACUGCAGUGCAGCAGUUUUAAAUCAACAGAAUAAUAAUAAUAAUCUACUAAAUCAAAGGAAUAGUUUAUAUUUUCUUUUUGCACGUGUGUUGAUUCUUUGUUUUGUGCUCCUCAGAUGCCGGAGACGAUUACACAUAUUCUCUGCAUGCUGACAACUACAGUGAUCUGUUUGGUCCAAACUACCUUAAAGAACUCUCGGAUUGGUCCACACAUCAACAAACACUGAUGCUGUAGCUGCUCACGAAAAGCUGACAUUUCACUCAAGCUGUUUUUUUUUCUUCUUGCUAACUUCCAGCUGUUUUCAACCCUGCUGUCUGUCGCUCAGCUGGCUGCCGCAGAGGGGGGAACAGAAGACGAGGGAGCGGACAGAGAUUAUUGCUCUGUCAGUCAAUCAGUUGGGCGGUCGUCCCUCUGCUGAGCGUGCUGAGAUGAAGAUCCUGUUCCAAGCCAAGCUUUACCUCCAUCAUCAUCACUUGGGUUCACUAUGGUUCAGAGACCAAAACUCACUGAAGUGACACAAAGCUCACACCACAGUUCACCGAGUAAACAGAUCUUAUUUCACUGCAGUGCUUUUUGUCUGUAUGUAGCUGUUUUACUGUCACACCGCUCUCUCAGAAGAAGAAACUUUCAACAGUUUUGUACAUUUUUGAGGCAACUACUGGCUCAAUAUUUUAGCUUGUUAUAGUAAAACUCUUGGUUAUAUAAACGUUUGUAUUCAGUGUGUUAUCAAUUUUGGAAAAAUAAUAAAAUAUGUGC